AUGCCGCCCGGGCAGGCGCCCCCGCCGGGCCCGCCGCCGCCGCCACCGCCCGACGGCCUCAUGGGCGGCAAGGAGGAGGCCGCCGGUCUGUAUCCCGGCCAUCCGGGGCAGUAUCAGCAGCAGCAGCGCUACCACGAUCCCAAUGUCAUUCCGCAGGCCGAUCCGUACGGCCACUAUCGCGUCGUGAGCGGCGGCAAGCCCACGAUGGUGCCGCCGAGUCGGCCGCCGCAGCGCUACAUGCCCUCUCCGGCGCCCGGGACGCCGCCGGGCGCGCAAGUGGCGCCUGGGCAGCCGCCACAGGGUCCCACGCCCACGCUGAAUAGCCUGCUGCAGUCCCAUCCGCCGCCACAGCACCGCGGAGGCUAUCCCAACAGCUAUGACCACCAGCCGCCUCCGCCGCCGCCACAAUCGCCUUACGGGCCGCACCAGGCGCAGGGAUGGGCUCCGCCGCCGCGGCCCUACAGCCCGCAGAUGGGCGGGCCGGCGCAACCCUACAGGCCACCGCCGCCGACGAACGCGCAACGUGGACAGUCUCCAUAUCCGCCGCCGGGACAGAGCCCAGGUCCCUACCCGCCGCCGCCGCCCCCGCCCCAGCAACAGGCGCCGCAGCAGGCCCAGCAGCAACCGCCGCCACAGGGCCCGCCACAGCCCCAGCCGCCGCCACCUGGUCCCGGAGGUGCUGGCGCUGGCGGAAGUGUCACGCCGGUCUCCACGGGCGGUGGUCCACAGUAUUCUCCAUAUCCACAACGAUAUCCCACACCGCCUGGCAAUCAUCGAUCACCCUAUCCGCCACCGCAUCAGUAUCCUGAGCCCACGAGAGCGUGGCCGGGCCCCGGAGGACCGUCUCCUGCCGCAUCUCCCGGUCCGGCGGUGGGACAUCCUCAUCCGCCACCAUCGCCGCAGCAAUUGCAUCCGCCGCAGAGUCCUGGUCACGCCCCAAGUCCGUCCCCGCAGCCACCGCAGCCGGCACAAUCACCACACCAGUAUCCAAAUCGACCAAGUCAAGCUUCGACACCAAAUGCAAAUGACGCUGAUACUGGGGUGAGUAUCAAUCACAACAGUCAGUAUUUGUCACAUCACUGGGAUUCAACGGGUCAAAAUAGCAAUGAUAGUUCAAGCGGUGGUGUUGGUGCGGCUGUCGUUGCCACUCCAGGAACGCCAAAUUCUCAAGCAAUGAGACCCACUCCAUCGCCGACAGGAUCUUCAGGAUCGCGAUCUAUGUCGCCAGCUGUUGGUCAGCAAAACGUUCAGAUGCCACCACGUCCCUCAAGUAGUCAUUCUCAGGUACCGAAUCAAGCGCCUCAGAGUACGCAGAACAACAAUUCGCAGCAGCAUCAGCAGCAAGUACAGCCGCCGCCGUUGGACCCGGCCACGUCUCCUGCUCGUCCGCCAACGGCUCCGGGAGCGAAUCAGCAGCAGCAAUCGCCAGCCAUGGCGGCCGCUCAGGGUAGCUACCAGACACCGCCACCACCGCCGCCGCACAUGCACGGCGGCUACAAGAUGGGACCCAGUCCAGGGCCUGGGCCAGGUCCUGGACCCCAGAACAUGUCUCCCUAUCCGCCACAAUCUCAACAGUAUUCGCCAGGAAACUAUUCACCUCGUCCUCAGUAUCCUGGGAAUUACGGUCCAGGACCGGGAGGACAGCCGCCGCCAUCGAACAGCAUGCCGCCGGGCCCGGGCCAGUAUCCGGGCAGACCCAUGCCCAAUCACGUCGGCCCACACUCGCAAUUCCCGCCUUAUCAGCAGAACUGGGGCCCGCCGGCGCCGCAGCCCGGUGGCGGGAUGAUGGGCAAUCACGUGCAACAGCAGCAACAGCCGCCACAGCAACCGGGCGGGAAGAAUGCGCCCCCGCCGCCACCUCCUGGACCGCCAACGGGAGGCUCGCCGCGGCCGCUGAACUACUUGAAGCAGCAUCUGCAGCACAAGGGCGGCUACGUGGGCGCCCAGAGCCCGACGCCGCCACAGGGCUAUGGGAACGGCCCGGGGAUGCAUCCGCCCAUGGGGCCGCCGCAUCACAUGGGCCCUCCAAUGGGCCCCACGGGCAGCAUGGGUCCGCCGUCGUCCGCGCCACAGAAUGCUCCGGCUGGCGUACCGACGGCCGCGGCGCCUGGAGGGCCCAACAGCCAUCCGGACGGCAGUGUGACGCCCGACGGACCUCAGGACAACGGUAUUAGUUCAUCUGGGCCAACUGCAGCACAUCCAGUGACAUCUCUGGUGACCACAGGUCCCGAUGGCGCGCCUCUCGACGAGGCCAGUCAACAGAGUACGCUUUCCAAUGCCUCAGCAGCAUCUGCUGAAGAUCCGCAGUGUUCCACGCCGAAAUCUCGGAAGAGCGAUCAAUACAACCAGAGCCACUUGGCGCCGCCGAGUGCAUCUCCAGGUGCUCAUCAGCAGCACGAAGACUUCGAGAUGGGAUCUCCAACGUGGUCAAGAACACCAGCGAGUCCGGUUUUUAACAGCCACGUUCCACAGGAAACCUACCGAUCAACAAAGAAAUCGGACAGCUUGUGUAAGCUCUACGAUAUGGAUGACAAUCCAGAUCGGCGUGUGUGGCUAGACAAACUCUUGGGCUUUAUGGAGGACCGCCGAUCACCUAUUACAGCCUGUCCCACGAUCUCGAAGCAGCCUCUGGAUCUGUAUAGGUUAUAUAUGUUGGUUAAGGAACGGGGCGGAUUCGUCGAGGUUACCAAGAGCAAAACAUGGAAGGACAUUGCCGGAAUGCUGGGAAUUGGCGCGAGCAGCAGUGCAGCAUACACGCUCAGGAAGCACUACACGAAGAAUCUGUUGACAUUCGAGUGCCACUUCGAUCGCGGUGGAAUUGAUCCGUUGCCGAUCAUUCAACAAGUGGAGGCGGGCUCCAAGAAGAAGAAUGCGAAGAACACGUCAGUUCCGUCACCAGUUUCAGUGGCCGGAUCGUCGAAUUCGCAAGACUCCUUCCCGCCGCCCGGCUCGAGUGGGGCGUCAAUGGACGGCUACGGCGGCUAUCCGGGCGGCUAUCCUCAGGGCUCAACGCCAGACUACAACUCACCGCCAAUGCAGAGACCACCUUCGCAGAAUAAUGCACAGUCACCGCAUCCAGGUAAUGCACCUCCGGCUAGCGGUGAUAAUAUAAGUGUGAGCAACCCUUUCGACGAUCCGGUGGGGCCCUCGCGUGCCCCAUAUCAACAGGGUGCUCCAUAUCCCCCUGUUUCACGGCCUCAAGGUGCUCCUUAUCAGGCUCAACCUGGCUACACUCAGUAUGGCGGGCCGGAACAGUACGGACCCCCGGGGCCGCCGGGACAGUAUCCGCCGCCGGCGCAGGGGCAAUUUCCACCGCCCAAUAGGACAAUGUAUGGUCCGCCAUAUGUUCCAGAAGGAGACGCAAAUGCUCCACCCACAUCAAAUGCGCCUCCGGCAUCGGCCGAUCCGUAUCGAGGUUAUGGCGGCGCUCCAUCCCCGUAUCCGCCGCCUCCGCGUCCAUACGCGCAGCAGCCGCCCGUGAGUGCGUCACAGACGCCAGCACCGGCGGGCGGUCCGCCUCAGCCCGGCACUCCGGGCGCCCCGGGCCCCUAUCCUCCGCCGCCACAGCAGGACUACUACCGCCAGCCGGAUCAGAUGUCACAAAAUCCGAACAACUCUAUUAAUAUGAGUUCCCAACUAGCGCGUCAGCUUGUAGCCCCAAUGUCUCCCGCUAAAUCGUCCCUCUAUCAUCAGAACGCUCCCCAACCCAGGAGACAUCCGGACUUUGAGAAGCAGCCCCAGCCUUAUUCACCGUAUCCGCAGAGGCCGCCAAUGUAUGGCGGUUGGCAGAACAGCACCGGACAGUAUCGAGGACAAUAUCCGCCGCAGCCCGCACCUCAGCAGUGGGGAAGUGGCCAGCGACCUCCAGGUCCGCCCACUGGCCCAGGUCAAGGACCGCCGGGUCAGGCGUGGGAUCGAUAUCCGCCUCAAGGGCAGCAGCCACCUUACCAAGGGAGUCAGCAGGGUCAACCGCAUUGGGCUGGAAUGGGGCCUGGACAGCCGAAUGUGGGCCCCAAUGCUCAGCUGCGGCCACCGCAGCAGCGAGGGAAGCCCAUCAGCAUGCCACCGCCUCAGGGUGCCAAACCAGUGCCGGGUCAGUUCCCUCAAACGGGCGCUCCGCCGAAGAGAGACAUUGUCUUCCCGCUGGACAGCGUGGAGGCCACCACGCCUAUCCUGUACCGGCGCAAGAGGAUCUGCAAGCAGGACGUGGGGCCCGUGGAUCCGUGGCGGAUAUUCAUGUCACUGCGAUCGGGAUUGCUGGGCGAGAGCACUUGGGCGCUGGAUGUGAUUAAUAUUCUGCUGUUUGACGACUCGUCUGUGCAGUACUUCGGACUGGCGCACCUGCCGGGCUUGCUGAAUCUCCUGCUCGAUCACUUCCAGAAGAGUCUGGCGGACAUCUUCGAUGCGGACGCGCUGGAGGAGCGCGAGGGCUACGAGUGGGUGUCGUCGGGACAGGUGAAGAUGAAUGGCGAGUGCGAGGAGGCGAAGGAGCAGCGCGGAUUGCUGGACUUGGGUGGAGUGGCUGAUGUGCCGAAUCCCGAUGACAGAAUCCUUGUGCUGUCGUCCACGACAAACUACACGCUGAACUCGCGCAAGGGCAUCCCAGUGAAGAUCAACCAGUCGGAGGAGGAUAUUUUCGUGUUGGACAUGAAGAGAUCGUGGGAUGUGGAUGCGGACAGGAAGGGACAACUGCACUCGACAGUGGGCGGCGAUCCGUGGAGUUUUGGCCACAGUGAACCACACCCGCAUGGCUACAUCAUGAACUGCUUUCGGGCUGAAAUAGUCAACAUUCCAUUUGCACGGUACUUGAAGGGAAAGGAGGCGAGCACGUCGACGGACAAGCAGCACAGGAAGCACUACAACUCGUCAUUGAUAGGCAGCGGCAAGAGUGGUAGCGUUAGUAAAAGGAUUAGUAAUAGUGGCCCUAGUCGAACGAAGCGGUUCAAGGAGGAGAGCGCUGAUGUGAAGCGGGAGUCGCUGGACAGUGACUGUCGCCCGGUGGACAUGGAGCUGGAGCCGAGAAUACCAAACGGUCCGGAGUCUGUGUGUGCGGAGGACGCGAAGCAGGAUGAGGCGGCGAGUGAUAAAAAGGCUGAUAGUGUGAAGAAGGAGAGUGAGGAGAUGGUGUGCGAGGAGAAGGCUGAUCAGUUGUUUGAGCUGAAGAAGACAGUGCGAGAUCCUGCGUCGACGCUCAAGCGACGCCGCAUGAGUGACUAUGAGGAUGAGUGCUAUACGAGGGACGAGGCGAGUUUGUAUCUCGUGGCGGAGAGUCAAGACUCACUGGCGCGUCGAUGCGUGGGCAUCUCGAAUAUCCUGCGGAAUCUCACCUUUGUGCCGGGCAAUGAGAUUGAGUUCGCCAAGUCGCCCACUUUCCUUGCCAUUCUCGGAAAGCUGUUGCUGCUGAAUCACGAGCACCCGAUCAGGACGCAGAAGACGAGGAAUUACGAUCGCGAGGAGGACGCAGACUUUGCGGACUCGUGCAGCAGCUUGGCUGGGGAGACGGAAUGGUGGUGGGACUACUUGGUGCAGAUCCGGGAGAAUAUGCUCGUGGCGGCGGCCAAUAUAUCGGGACACAUGGAGUUGUCGCGCUAUGACGAGAUGAUCUCGCGGCCGGUGCUGGACGGGCUGCUGCACUGGGCCAUCUGUCCGUCGGCGCACGGCCAGGAUCCCUUUCCCACGUGCGGCAGCCACUCGUCGCUGUCGCCGCAGCGUUUGGCUCUCGAGGCACUGUGCAAGUUGUGCGUGACGGACGCCAAUGUGGAUUUGGUGAUUGCGACGCCGCCCUUCUCGCGGCUGGAGAAGCUGUGCGCCGUGCUGACGCGCCACUUGUGCAGGAAUGAGGAUCAGGUGCUGAGGGAGUUCUCGGUCAAUUUGCUGCACUACCUGGCGGCGGCGGACAGCUCGAUGGCGCGCACCGUGGCCAUGCAGAGUCCGUGCAUUUCGUACCUGGUGGCGUUCAUUGAGCAAGCUGAGCAGACGGCGCUCGGCGUGGCGAACCAGCACGGGAUCAGCUUCCUGCGCGAGAAUCCCGACUCGAUGGGCACCAGCUUGGACAUGCUGCGGCGCGCGGCGGGCACACUGCUGCACCUCGCGCGGCAUCCGGACAACAGGCCGCUAUUCAUGCAGCAGGAGCAGCGGCUGCUGGGCCUGGUGAUGAGCCACAUUCUGGACCAGCAAGUGGCGCUCAUCAUCUCGCGGGUGCUCUUCCAGGUGUCGCGCGGCCAGGGCCCCAUCACCACCACCGGCAGCGAGCUGAAGAGGGGCGAAGGCGGCCUCCUGCCGCAACCGGCCACCAUUGCCGCCUCCUCGUCGUAGUGGAGAAACGACAAAGACGACUGAUGAUGGAGAGAUGAGACGACAAUUGUGGUUUUCUCUUCGGAAAGUCACUUGUGGGGAGUAAAGGAAGUGCACUGAGCAAAAGACACUGAGAUGGACACAGAUGAAGAGAGGGCAAAAGAUCUGAUGACUCAAGAGAAUCAUACACUAAUUGCUAUAACUAAAUAUUGACUGUGUAUACCUUUAAUUAUAUACAUUUAGUAUAUAUAUACACACACACUCUAAAAUCAAUAGUAAUUUAGAGACUGUGGCAUUAAAUUAGGCGGAUUGAUUGACAUUUUGCGGAAGAGUUAAUGACACAAAAGAGCGAUCAAAGAAUCGCGACUUGGCGACAAGAUUAGAGAGAGAUGAGAAACAGUGUGUUGAGAAACAAAAAGAAAUCGAAUCUUAAUAGGAAAUAGCAUUACAUUUAAGUAGGACAUAUAAAUUAACAAAUAUGAAACUGUAUAGUUUGUAUACUACUAUAUAUAUACAUAUAUAUAUAGAUGAAAAAGGAAGAAGAUGCUGAGAGAGAAUAUUUAAUUUCCAAUUGUGUAUUAAUGAUGAAGAUAUUGUAUUAAUAGUGAAGGCAAAAAUUGAACAAAAUGCGCUGACUUGAAAACUACAGGGGAUUGAUUUGGUAAUAGAGACUAAAUUGUGAGCAGAAUAGAUUUUAUUGCAAAUGAAAAAUUGACGAUGAACAAAUUAUACUUUUAACCACUUUAAAUCAGUCGAUUGGAUUGCGAGGUUCUUCUUUUUUUAGUGAUUGUGUAGUAGAAAAACAAAAAAAAAGAUAGAGGAGAAGAGAUGAAUUUGUUGCAAGGCACACAGAAAAAAAUGAGAAGCAUUAGAUUUGUGAGCAAGAGGAAUUCUUUUUUGGUAAGGAAGAGAAUGACGAGGAAGAGUAGUGAAAAAAACACUUAGAGAAUAGGGACUUCCUUUCUGUUGAUCCCAAUUUUAUGCACGGCUGAGAAAUUGCAAGUCGAAGGGAGAGCAAAUACAAAUCUCAAUUAUAUUCCGGUUGUAUGUGAUUUUAAAAGCUAUUUUAUUCGUUUUUACAAACGUAGGUAAAUUUGUAAUAGAGGGAAGAAAAAGCGCGUAAUGGAAUUUCACAGUGAGAUAUAAUAUAUAUAUUAACAAUUUAUAGGUUCUCUUUUUUUCUUACUCUUUCUUGCGUAACGGUAAUGAAGAUGAUGAAAAAUGAUGAAAGAAAAGUGAUAUUAAGAAUUUGUAUAUAACUUAAUGAUUAUGAUUAGUAGUUUUCAAACACUGAGACUCUGUAGAGGAACUGAUAAGAGUGCAUGAUUAGGCGUUUUCGGCGGAGGGAAAAAAGACGUGGCGGACUUUUCCUCUCUGCUGCAUUCAAAUGCUGAUUGUUAGUUGAAAGAGAAAUUCACACAUUUUAGCGAAUGAACAAUUAAUCGGGAAGAGCUCGAAGGGCGUCUGGAGACAUCGUGGCGGAGUUUCUGGGCGAUCUUCAUUUGGGGUCUUUGACAGGUGGGCGAAGAGAAGAAGGUAGAAUUGUGGGAGAAAACUUCAUUAUAUACCAAUUUAUAUAUAAGUAAAAUUAAAUGAAAAGAAAACCCUAGAAAUAUUGUGGUGUGACCAGAAGCAGUGAAAUGAGAACCUACUUAAAAAAAAUGACUACGAAGAAGAUAAGAAAUCGCCAACUCACUUUAAGUAAUAUUGUGAAGAAUAAGAUUCAAUGGUGAACUAAGUAAUUAUUAUGUAUAAUCAAUUUUAAAAAGAAGAAAAGGCAAAAAUGAAAAAAGUAUGUAUUUAAAUAUCACUUAUUAAAUUAUUGAGAAACAUGAAGAAAAACAAAACAUACGGAAAAUAAGAGAAGAAAUGAGUGUGAAACGAUUUUUUUCGAUAAAGCCAAUAAAAUGUGUCACAAAAAGGAAGAAAAAUUGUAUAGGAAAAAGAAAAACAUUCAUGAGAUGGAAAUGAAUUUCAAUAAAAAUUGAGUGAAUAUUGGAAUGAAUCACUUUCUCGAGAGGCAACAAAGAAAGCUGACGAAGAAGUGAAGAUAAGCAAAUGAAAAUCCAUCUCAGAAUUGAUGAUAUCAAAAUGCGGUUGAGAAGACAAGCAAAAGAAGAUGAAGAAAGAUGAUGAAGAAGAAAAACCUCUAUGUAAAAAAAAUCAACGAUUAUUUAAAGUAAUCAAUUUAGUUAUAAAGUUACAAUGAUAAGUUUUAGUGCUACUUGAGCGAGAGAAAGAGAGAGAAAAUGAGGAAAAACGGGAUGAUAAAUAUGCUCUUAUUGAUAAUUUUAUUGUUUUUUUACUAUUAUUGAUUUUACUAUUAAAAUAAUUAUGUAGUUACUAAUUUAAUUAAAUGCAGAGAAAGAAGAAAAAAUGAAGCAGUAAAAGAAAUAAAAAAAAAACACGUGAAUUUGAAGAAUGUGAGUGCGCGCGAUUGUGAAGCAUGAAAUUUAUGAUUUCUUUCUUUUGUACUGUAUCGAGAAAAAAGUGUAGGUUUUUAUUUGUCUUAAGGAGAAAUUUCAGUAGUUCAGCGGAAAGUGACAAAACAAAUAGCAAAUCAUCCCUUCUGUGGCAUCUCGAAAAGUGAAAAGAAAAAACCGUUAGGAAAUGAGUGUUCUUUUAUUUCACACCUCCCAAUUUUUUCACUUCCUUUUUCCGCGAAUAACCUUCAAAAUUUACCAGUUUAGCGAGCGCACGAAUAAAUUUGAGAAGAGAGAGAGAGAGAGAAAGGGAGGAGAAAAGCUAAAAAAAAAAUACACACCGACUAUGUAAAAGAAUUAAACAAUUUGAUAUGAUAAUGAGGAAAAAGUGGAAUCAUAGAAAUUAAAAUGAAAUUUAAAAGAACAUUUUCAUGUUUGGUAUUAUAAUUGUGCAAAUGCUUAUUAAUGUCUGAAUACUGAAAAAGAAAAACAAGUAAACUUUAGUGUACAUAAGAAGUACUCAAAAAAUAAAAGUGAGAAAAUUA